AUGGAGCCCAAAAAACCAGCUUCGCCUACUCCGAGCCUCGCCAACCUUCGUCCUUGUGGGGCCAAUCCUGAAAUGCCCCUCCGUGUCGAUGGCAGCGUAGUGCAGGCGCGGGAUGCGACGGCGACGGAAGCACAGGCACAGCAGCGACGGUUUCCAACUGCUACUUAUAUAUCCACAUUCCACGACUAUAUUACCUUACCUUUUAUAUUAACCAUCCUGCAAUCCUUCCUGGAUUUUGGGGAGGCGGUCUUGCACGAUGCUGAUGGUAGCUUGAAAACCUUCUUCCGCUCUUGCUUAAGUAGGGAGUUUGCAGAUCCUAUUGUUGCAGAGCGCACGGUUGAAUUCCUUGUAACAAACAAGACAAAGAUCCUUAGCUCCUUUCCCAAUUUGAUUCCACAGUUCUAUCCAUUGUUGUUAAAGCUUAUUGCAUCAAAUGGUGAGAGACUGGAGAAUAAGUUUGCGGAAGUACUUCCGUUAAUGAUGCCAGCAGGAUCUUUUCUUCCUCUGUUCCUAUCCCUUAUGAAUUUGCCAAUGUUGGUGGUGGCACUGGAAAAGGUGGAAAGAAGUUCUGGAACUCUUAUUGGCAGUAGUAUAGCUACAAUCCAGAAGAGCGCUGCUCCUGAGAUGCUUCUUGCACUGAUGGACGAGGCAUAUACUGGUUCCGCAAUAGAAGAACCUAGUGGUAAUUCAGGCUCUGAUGAUAGUGGUCCCCUAGACCUUGCUGACCCAAUGUUCUUAGACCUUCUAAAAGACGAGAAUGAUGGCAUUGCUGUAAGCAAAACAUUGGAUAUCCCCUACGGCACCUACCUCGCCGUCAUGACCGUCAUCUUCUUCUGGGCCAUGCGCAGCACCGACUUCUUCACGAACACGUUCGCCGUGAGGUCGCUGCACGGCAGCCGGGAGGAGAUGAUGUCGGCGCUGUACCUGCAGGUUUUGAUGCGUGUAGAGCAAGAGCAGAAAGUUACAGAGGAUGCCCAUAUUUGUGCGGAGCAAGAUGCUGCUACUCAAAAAUAUGCUGCACAUAUACUCCAGGCUAGACGUCUAAAGGUGGGAGACAAGCCACUCCUCACAGUAUCAAUAUUUAUGCAGGACUGGAGCAGAAGUUAA